AUGGAGGCAGAGAUGCAACAGCCAGGGAUGGGCCCCAGGAAUGUCACCAAUGGCCCAGGACAGGCCCACCAGGGAGACCAGGUCCUCGGGGAUCCUGUGGGGCUGAGGGGAAAAGGAAAGGGAUACCGCCGCCUCAUCGCCAUCCGAGCACUGGAUAUCACUCCUUUCAGCUCAGGCGCGGAUCAGCGACUGAGCCAGAGCAGCUGGGAGCAGCCUGUGCUAGGCAACAGGGGAGAAGACCAUCAAUGUGUCUUGCCUCUCUCCCUGCCUGUCCAUGUCAACUCCCUCCUCUUCUCCCUGGAUGGUCCUGUUGGCUUUCGGAAUAACCGGGAGAGGCACAAUGAACCCCAGGAGGACCUCGGGAAGGAGGUGAUGGACUUCCGGAUGAUGCUGAAAAAGAGGGCCCUGCCUCCAGCCCCUCCAAAAAAGAUUGACCUUGAGCAGGUGUGGCAGUUGCUGAUGACAGCAGACCAGAAGGACUACGAGCGGAUCUGCAUGAAGUAUGGCAUUGUCGACUUCUGGGGCAUGCUGCGCAAGCUGCAGGAGAUGAAGAAGGAGAGGGAGGACAAGAUGGCGCAGUACAUUAGCAUCAUCUCCAACUUGAGACACAUCAGGGUCACCAAGGAGGGGACUGCAAUGUUUGACUUGGAGCUGCAUCUCAAGAAUUCGGGGAGCAAGAUUUACCUGUAUAAGGAUGGUGAGAUGAUCCCCUAUGGCCAUGACAACGAGACCAAGCACUGCCUGCGGCGGCUGGGGAAACGCUACCACUUCCAGAUCCGGGACCUGCGGCCUGAGGAUGCUGGCAUCUACCAGGUCAAGGUGGAGGAUGCUGUAGUCUUCUCCACAGAACUGGAGGCCAGCGCCAUCCCCCCCAGUGUGGUGGUCCCGCUGGCCGAAGCCCACUGUGAGGAGGAGGGUGAGGCGGUCUUUGAAUGUACUCUCUCCAACCCCUGCCCCAAUGCUGUCUGGCAUUUCCAGCACCGGCCGCUCCGGCCCAGUGAGAGACAUGAAGUGUUUAUGUCCCCCGAUGGGCUGACCCACCGGCUGGUGGUGAGGGAGGCCCGUUUCUCAGAUAUGGGCCUCUACUCGCUGAGCACUGGGCUGCACGCCUCCAGCGCCUGGCUGGUGGUUGAAGCUGGGAAGGAUAAAAGCCUUCAGACUGCAAGUUUGGACCACCAGCCACGGGCCAGGAGAGGUGGCAAAGAGGGCAGGUCAGACGUCCAUGGCGAGGGGAGGGAUGUCACCCAGAGUCCCAGAUCCAGAUCCAAGCCUGGUACCAGCAGUUUCUCCAAGGAGGCCCGAGGCCCCAUAGACCACUUCUCCCAGGGCCUGGCUGACAUGGAGGUACAGCAGGGGGAGGCCGUCACGCUCUCCUGUAUCCUCACCAGUGACCUGGGACCCGGCACCUGGUUUAAGGAUGGAGUCAAGCUCACCACCCAGGAUGGAGUCAUCUUUGAGCAAGAUGGUCUCAUGCACAAACUCCUCAUCACCCACGUGCAGGGAACCCAGGCUGGGAAGUACACCUUUGUAGCCAGCAACCAGCAGAGUGAGGCCACCCUGACGGUCCAUGAUCCCCCCACCAUUGCUCCAGAUGUGACAGAGAAACUGAGAGAGCCACUGGUGGUCAAGGCUGGGAAGCCGGUGACAAUGAAGAUCCCCUUCCAGAGCCGCCACCCUGUUCAAGCAGUCUGGAGGAAGGACGGGGCCGAGGUGGUGGGCGGCAGCAGCGGCAGCAGCGGCAGCGGCAGCGGCAGCAGCAGCAGCAGCAGCAGCAGCAAUGGGCCACAGGUGGCCCUGGGGGACAGCUACACACGGCUGUGCCUCCCCAGCGCGGGCAGGAAGGAUGGUGGCCAGUACAGCGUGACGCUGAGGAGUGAGGGAGGCUCUGUGCAGGCUGAGCUCACCCUGCAAGUCAUAGAUAAGCCUCAGCCCCCUCAGGGCCCCCUGGAGGUGCACGAUUGCCACAGGGCUGGUGUCUGUCUCCACUGGCAGCCCCCGAGGGACGACGGGGGCCGUGCUGUAGAGCACUACAUGGUGGAGAGGCGGCAGGCUGGCAGAAGCACUUGGCUGAAAGUGGGCGAGUCCCCCACAGACAGCACCACCUUCACCGACACCCACGUGGAGCAGGGCAAGAAGUAUGCCUUCCGCGUGCGCGCUGUGACUGCAGAGGGAGCUGGGGAGGCCCUGGAGUCUGAGGAGGUGCUGGUGGCUCCUGAGGCUCUCCCUGGGCCACCUUCCACCCCAGCCAUCCUGUCGGCCUCCAGCCGGGGCAUCACAUUAACAUGGACGGCACCUCGGGGCCCUGGCAGUGCCCACAUCCUGGGCUACCUGAUUGAGAAGCGCAAGAAGGGGAGCAACACCUGGAUAGCAGUGAACGAGCAGCCCGUGCCUGAUAGGAGGUGGACCGUGGUGGACUUGCGGCAGGGCUGUCAGUAUGAGUUCCGGGUCACGGCUAUGACUCCCUCAGGACCCGGAGAACCUGGUCCCCCAUCAGAUGCUGUCUUUGCUCGGGACCCCAUGAGACCCCCUGGGCCUGUGCGGGAUCUCCGAGUCACAGACACAUCGCACACCAGCAUCACCCUGAGCUGGGCGGGGCCAGAUGCCCAAGAUGGGGACGAAGCCCAAGGAUAUGUGGUGGAGCUGUGUGGCUCAGACAGUCUGCAAUGGAACCCGUGCCAUGCGGGCACAGUGCCAGUCACCACCUACACAGCCAAGGGGCUUCGGCCCCAAGCGGGCUACUUCGUGCGGGUGACAGCAGUUAACGACGGGGACCGUGGUGAGCCCACUGCCCUGGACACAUUAGUGCAAGCCAUGCCUGUCACUGUCUGUCCCAAGUUCCUCAUGGACUCCAGCACAAAGGACUCGCUGAUGGUCCGGGUGGGGGACACCAUUCGCGUGCCUGUCUCCUUUGAAGCUGUUCCCAUCCCUGAAGUGACCUGGCUGAAGGAUGACUUGCCUUUGCCCAAAAGAAGUGUAACCACCACCAAGGAUGGCCUCACCCAGCUUCUGAUUCCUGCGGCCAGCCUCUCGGACAGUGGCCUCUAUACUGUGGUGCUGAGGAACCUUCCCGGCAAGGAGGCUGCCCACAACUUCCUCAUCAAGGUGGCAGCCUGCCCGCAGGCGCCCGGGCCCAUCCGCCUGCAGGAGAACGUGCCCGGGACGGUGACAGCCGAGUGGGAGCCCUGCCCGGACGAGGCCCAGGGCCUCCCGCUGCACUGCGCGGUGCUGACCCGCUCCUCGGCGCACGGUCCCUGGCGCGAGGCGGCCGACCGCAUCCACACCAACCGCUUCACGCUCCUGGGCGUCCUCCUGGGCCACGAGUACCACUUCCGGGUGGUGGCCAAGAAUGAGCUGGGGGCCAGCAAACCCUCGGACACCAGCCAGCCCUGGUGCAUCCCCCGGCAGCGCGACAGGUUCACAGUGAAGGCUCCAAGCUACCGGGAACCCGACCUGAGGCAGAAGCCCCGCUUCCUGGUGGGCCUGCGGUCCCACCUGUUGCCACAGGGCUGCGAGUGCUGCAUGAGCUGCGCCGUGCAGGGCUGGCCCCAGCCCCGUGUCACCUGGUUCAGGAACGACCAGAGCCUGGAAGGAAACCCCACCGUGUAUAGCACGGAUGUGCUGGGCGUGUGCUCCCUCGUCAUCCCCAGUGUCACCCCGGAGGACAGCGGCGAGUACAAGGCUGUGGCUAAGAACACGCUGGGCCAGGCUGUGAGCACUGCUAUCCUCAUUGUUAUAGGUACUGGUGGCUGCCCGGACAGCGGACCAGACUGGCAGCGGGACGAGAAGGGGAACCAGAGGCACAGCCACCUGCCUGCCUUCCGGGAGCCCUCAGGGGGCCCAUCCCCCUCUAGACACGCCAGCAGCCAAGCAGAAGCCGGUUGCUCUGCCGACCCUCGCCCCGCCUUCCGGGGCUUCGCAGCCGAAGCACCGGCUUUCUCUAAGGCGGAUGUGCAGUGCGCCCGGGCCUGA